UCUCUUCUCAUCAACACACUUUGUUCCAACUUAUUAGAGCUCCGAGCUACCAACGGCACUUCGACUACCACAUCAGAACCUCCGAACCCCAACUCGUCCCUCCGCCACUUCGCGAUUUACCAUCUGUGACUUGCGAUUCAACAUCACAACUUCUCCAUUCCAACACAAAAGACACCUUCCGAAAUAAACACAAACACCGUUGAAAUGGGUUCCGUUCCUGCUGAGAUUGGAGGUCGCCUGGCUGGCAAGAACGCCGUCGUCACUGGCGCUGCUGGUGGCAUUGGCUUGGAGACGACCAUUCUCUUUGCGAAGGAGGGUGCCAGCGUUGCCAUGGCCGAUAUCUCUGCCCCGGCACUCGAGAAGGCGAAGGCCAAGGUUCUGUCGCUGCUCCCGUCAGCUAGAAUUGAGACCAAGGUUACCGAUGUUUCCAAGGAAGACCAGGUCAAGGCCCUCAUCGAUUCCGUUGAUGCUUGGGGUGGACUCGACAUUAUUUUCAACAAUGCCGGAAUUAUGCACGCCAAGGACGACGAUGCCGUGAACACCCCCGAGGAGAUCUGGGAUCUGACACAGAACAUCAACGUCAAGGGUGUUUGGUUCGGCAGCAAGCACGCCGUUCUCGCACUCCGCCGCAACAACAAGACCAAGGGCUCCAUCAUCAACACCGCCUCAGUCGUCGCGCUUGUCGGUGCUGCCACUCCUCAGCUUGCCUACACCGCCUCCAAGGGCGCCGUCCUCGCUCUUACCCGUGAGCUCGCCAUGGUCCACGCCCGUGAGGGUUACCGCUUCAACUCCCUCUGCCCGGCGCCUCUCAACACCCCUCUGUUGCAGGACUGGCUCGGCGACGACGCGCCCAAGCGCAUGCGCCGCGAGAUUCACUUCCCUACCGGCCGCUUCGGUGAGGCCAUUGAGCAGGCACAGGCUGUUCUCUUCCUCGCCAGCGACGAGUCCAGCUUCGUCAACGGCCACGACAUGGUCGUCGAUGGCGGCAUGACCAAGGCCUACGUUACCCCCGAGGGCCCCGCGGCGCCCGCCCCCAUCAACAACGCUAGCCGCACCAGCCUCGAGUAAGGUUGCGAUGCGCUGCUUGUUUGAAUCCGAUUUUCGCGAUAUGAUACCGUAUUGGGUUGGAGUUUAGGGCGCUGGGCAAGACACCGGGGCAUACACGGCCAAUGGCCAUGAUGAUGAAACUGUGCAUAGACAAUUUAAAUCAAUUAUUCUCAAGAAGCUUGCAACACCAA